AUGAAAGCGAGUCCUUCUAUACAGGUAGAAGUCGGAGGGAAGACGUUUAAAAUAUCUGCUGAGAAACUAGAAAAUGGACCUCCGUCGCGUCUGAAAAGUCUCUGCAAAUGUCCUACACCUGAGGUGGACAGACCUUCUCAUCUCUUCAAGGCGAUUCUAGCUUUGUACCAGACUGGAGAGCUGCACAUACCGGAGGGAUCAUGUCCGCUGGCGUUCCUUAAAGAACUGGAGUUCUGGGAAAUUGAUAUUUCUCUAAUGGCAGAUUGUUGCUAUAACAGACUGCAGAGCUUCUUAUCCGAGCAGCAAACACUCCGCGAGUUCAAGGAUUCUCAAAAACGAUUCGAGGACCAGAACCCCUCUAAGUAUUCCCUUGCUAUAUUUAUGUCGUUGAGAAAAGCUAGAGAAUCUGUUUGGGGUGUAUGCGGACACGGAAAGUCAAGCAUCUGUUCAAAGGCUUACUUGGCCGUGUCAUUCUUGGUUGUCCUUCUGUCGAUAUUUGUCAUUGCCUAUGGAACUGACCCGCUUUUCCAGCGCCAGAUGACCAACUGUGAGCGUCUCGCAUACAUGAGCAGUAAGAACAUGGAAGGCGUGCAUUUAGUGGAAGAACGCCUGAAAAGACAUUGCGAAUCUCAAACUGUUCCAACAGAUAUGCCCUUAUUAAAGAUGCACAUUGAAGAUACCGGCGAGCUUGGCAAUCAUGACGACUUUGUCGAGAUUGAGGUAACCGAUAUUCCCCAAUCACAUGCCUCACAAGACUUUGACAAUACGACUGUGUUGAACGACUCCAUGCCUGUGCCUCUCUUUGCAAAUCAUUUCCUUACGUUGUAUAACUACGUUGGCUCUUCAACUCACAAACGUACGAAUAACGCCGAAACAGAGGGCAGUAAUACUGACCAACACGACAGUAGUAUUAAAACUGAUUUCAAAUCUAUGAAUCACGCCCUUGAGACUAAAGGAAACGAGAAUGCUAUCAUUAGUCCUGUUUGA